UAUACACUGAGUUGAUGUAUUUAAAAAUAUUGAUUUUAAUAUAAUUUUAAUUUUAGUAAGUAUUAUAUUUAAUGGAUUUCAUUAAAACGCUGAAGAAGAAGACGGAAGCCAAAAUUGCCGACAUCAAAUCGGAUUUUAGCAACUCUUCUACCCUUCCAAAAUGUAAACCAAAUUUCGACUAUAAAUCUCUAAAUAUUUCUACGGAUAUCGGUCCUCACAUGACCGAAUAUAUAUAUGAAAUGGACUUUGAUUUGCGAGACUUUUUAAAAAAGUAUAAUUUGAUUUAUCCAUGCACUGAAUCACAAUCCAAUUCAUUUGUUGACUUUCAGAUCAGUUCUUUAACAUCUAUGAGGAAGUUGUUGCUUGACAUGCCCGUUGUUGAGAAUGUUUCUGAGGCUACAAAGACUAAGAGGUCGAAACUACAUAGUCACCAACCAGUGAAAGAGCUUACACUUGAAGAACUUUACUACUGUAACGAUUUAGUUCUCUUCAGGUUCCUUAGAACUUAUGACUAUAAACCAGAAAAAUCAUUAAACGCACUUUUAAAAACACUAGCAUGGAGAAGGACUAGAGAUCCAAUGAGAUUAAAGCCAGAAGUAGUACACCCAGUACUAUAUAAAAAUUUACUAUAUAGAAGAGGAUUUGAUUAUUACGCAUCACCAAUUAUAUAUUUCAGACCUAUAAAUGAGACAGAUGCUACGCUGGAAUUACAUGUUUUGGGCCUUUAUUAUGUUUUGGAAAGGGCUUUACAGACAUGUUUGAUAUCACAGGGGAAUGAUAAGGUGUAUGUUAUUGUGGACCUGAAGGACUGGUCGCUGUCAAGACUACCACCAAUGGAACUUGUUAUAGAAACUGCCAGAGCACUUGUCGAUCACUAUACUGAGACUAUAGAUGAGAUUUUAUUUGUUGACCCUCCGCCGUUGAUUGAUCCUGUAUAUCAGAUGGUGAAGUGUGUCAUUCCAGCAUCGACAACUAAGAAACUAGUUUUCAAAUCGAGAGGACCAAAAUUAUUUGAAUAUCUAAGGUCGAGAAUCCCGCCAUGUUUUCUUGAAAAAUCUCUAGGCGGUUCAUGUGAACCUGAGAUGGAUUUUCAAGAUUACUGGAAGGUCGAGGAAUCGCAAUUUGAGCUUUUUCAAAACAAAAUCGACGAGUGGAUUAGAGAAAACAAGAGCAAAUAUUUAAAACGAAACUCUGAGCUUUAGUUUCUUAAAAAAUAAAAAAAUAAUAUUUUAUAAUAUUUUAAUUUCC